AUGUUUUCAAUUGUUGAAAGUAAACGCAAAAAACCAGUUUUAUUAUUCGAUACAUUCCGUUACACGCAAGAUAAAAUUGUUGGUACAACUAUUUACUGGAAAUGCGAAGAUCGUUCAUGUCCCGGACGCGCUGUACAAUAUGGAUCAGCUGCACCAAAUUUGAAAAAAUCACAUAAUCACAAUGGAGAUGAAAACAAAUGUAAAGCCGAAGAAUUCAAAAUAGCCGUAAAACGACGUAUUGAACAUUCACCACAACCAGUUAAAAGAAUUUACAAACAAGAAUUGACAUCAUUAUAUACAACGUCACCGCAAAUUGCACCAUCAAUACCAAUGUUUCAUGAAAUUAAAAAUUCAUUAUACAAAACUCGAAAUGAUAGUUAUCCACCUGCUCCACAUACAGUUGAUGACGUUAAAAUCGAAGGAAUAUGGAGAAAAACAUUACAUGAUUCUGUUAAACAAUUAUCAACAUCCUUUAAUGAUCAUUGGUUUAUGGAUGGAACAUUUAAGAGUUGUCCACAUCCGUUUUAUCAAUUAUAUACAAUCCAUUCAGUUAAUAAUGAUUUAUCAACACCAGAAUUAUACACAUUAUUACCAGAUAAAAAUGGUUCAACAUAUACACAUAUACAAUUUUAUGAUUAUGUCACAAAGGGUUGGCAUUUUCGUUUAAAUAAUGAUUUGAAUCAUAUUAAUCACCCACAUUUUUAUGUAUUUAUUCGUGCAAUCCAAAAUGAUUAUGCUCAUAAUGCCGCAACAUUAUCAAGACACCUAGCCACUGGUACAUUACCACCACGAAAAAAACUAUACGUCAAUCGAAAUGCAAGAUUGCUCAAUUUGGAAGAUCGUUAUCAAGCACACACAUUGACAUUGGAAGAAUACUUCGACAAAGUGUCAAGAUUAGUAGGCGUUAAGAAAUUUUGA